AUAGCCAGCAGCUGCCCAGAGCCUGAGGCUCUGAGAACUUAGGUGGUGUCCAGGAAGAAAAGUACCCUUGGUGUGUCUGGCACGGUCUCAGCCUGGGAGGUCACCUAGCUGACCAGAAACCACAGAUAAUGCCAAAUCAGAAGAGCUGCUUCACCAUGCCGGGAGAGCCGGCAGACAGAAUUACGUGACUGAUGAGGCCGGCCCGAGAACCACGGCAGAAACAUAGCUUUCCGUCACGCUCAAUUUGCUUCCAAGUUAGCCUAGAGGCUAAAGAAGUGGAGAAAACUCUACAACAAGCCAGAAAACUAGAGCUGGGGGAGCCCCGAGGCUCUAGAGACAAACUUGACCGGAUCCCUGAGCCGUAAGGGCGGCCACAGACUCGCGAUCCUCCGGCGCGCGGCUUUUCUUCUCUUCCUCGGUCCUGCGUGUCCGGCGCCGCGCGCUCAGUCCGAGCGGGUGGGCGCAGCGCUUGAGUGGCUUGCCCCGGAGCGGGCCACGUGCUCGGGAAGGGGACUGUGGACUGGAGAGUGGCACACAGCAUGGCAGAAAACCGAGAGCCCCGCGGGGCCGUCGAGGCUGAGCUGGACCCGGUGGAGUAUACCCUUCGGAAGCGGCUCCCCCACCACCUGCCCUGGAGGCCCAAUGACAUUUAUGUCAACAUGAACACUGACUUUAAGGCCCAGUUGGCCCGCUGCCAAAAGCUUCUGGACGGAGGGGCUCGGGGUCAGAAUUCAUGCAGUGAGAUCUGCAUUCAUGACUUGGGCCUGGCCAUCAACCGUGCCAUCAGCAUUGCCCUACAGCUUCAGGCAGGCAGCUUCGGGUCCUUGCAGGUGGCUGCCAAUACCUCCACCGUGGAGCUUGUCGAUGAGCUGGAACCAGAGACUGAUACACGAGAGCCGCUGACCCGCAUCCGCAACAACUCGGCCAUCCACAUCCGGGUCUUCAGGGUUGCACCCGAGUAAUGGAAAUGAGGAUGGCCACCUUAUCCACCCACCCCCACAUAAGUAGGCUCAGCUGUGGCUCUUCUUGUACUGAGUACAGUCAUGGACCUUCUACCAGAGCCACGUAAGAAAAAGCCUGUCCCCUUACAGCCCAGAGGACUCUGAACUGCGAGGGAGAGUAUUGUCUCUUGUUGGGCCCAAGCAUUGGGUCUUCCCGAGUCUUUGUGGUCUGUGACCAUUGUCCUAGACAAUAAAAACUACCAAGUUGUGUUAGUAUGCAGCCACCCCCGAAAAAAAAAUUAUCAUUAUAGCCAUCCUAGUGAGUGUGAAGGAAGUGUGUGGUUUUGAGUUUCCUUAAUGCCCAAAGGUGAUGAAUGUCUUCAUGUGCUUGUUGGCCACUUUGUAUAUCUUCUUGGCUAAAAUGUGUAUUCUGAUUUUUUGCCCAUUUUUUAUAUGGUUGUCUUUUGUAGUACCGUUCUAAGAGUUCUUUAUGUAUUUUGGAUAUUAUCCCCUCAUAAAAUAUGUGGAUUAGUAUUUUCUCCCAUUCCUUAAAUUGUAUUUUCACAUCUUUUAUAAUCCCCUUUGACACACAAAAGUGUUUAAUUUUGAGUAGUCUAAUUUAUUUUUUUCUUUUGUUGCUUGUGAUUUUGGUGUUGAAUCUAAGAAUCCUCUGACAAAUCCGAGAUCAUGAAGUUCUGCCCCCUAUGCUUUCUUCUAAGAGUUUUGUAGUGUUAGCUCUUUCAUCAAUUCUGGGUUCAUUUUUGUAUAUGGGCUGAGGUAGGGGUCCAUCUUUAUUUUUUUGCAUGUGGACAUCCAGUUGUCUCUUCACCAUGUCUUAGAGAAACUAUUCUUUCCAUACUGAACAACUUUGGCAUCCUUGUCAAAAAUCAACUGUCCAUAGAUAUUUGGAUUUAUUUCUGGAAUCUCCAUCCCACUCCACUGGUCUAUCCUUAUGCCAAUACCAUACUGCCCCGGUAUCAUCCUUAUUAAGAUAUAUAUAACUGACAUAAUUAUAAGAGACUUAAAGUGCAUAUUGUGGUAUAUAUACAUACAUAAACAUUGUGAAAUCAUUCCUACCAUCUAAUUAAAACAUCCAUCACCUAUUUUUUUUGGUAGAACACUUACGUUCUACUCUCAGAAAAAUUCAAUUAUACAAUACAGUAUUAUCAACUAUAGUCACCAUGUUUUACUUUACAUCCUCAGACAUUAUUCAUAUUAUAGCUGAAAGUGUGUACCCUUUUACCAACUUCUCCCUAUUUCCCCAACUCUCUAGUCCCUGGCAACAACUCUUUUACUCUCUGUUUCUACGGUUUGACCUCUAAAAAAAAUUCCACAUAUAAGUUAUACAUGUAGUACGCGUCUUCCCUUGUCUGGCCUUUUUCACCUAGCAUA